AAUCAGCUUUUACAUCGGGCGGGUAUUCAAGCACCGGCCCUUAUUUAUUUUUAUGUUCUGUUCACACGGGCGACUAUCCAAACGGGCCCUUAAUCAAGAUCGGUCGGUAAAACGAGCAUAUACGGUACAUAUAUUUAAUAAGACCUUGUUUAUUAUCAUCAUCCUAUUUUGCCAUGUAACUUUAUUUUGUAUUGUUUACUGUAUCAUUUAUUUACACUGUAUUAUAUGUGCAAACACUUAUGUUAUAUCCAUUAUAUCAGGAAUUGUAAUCAAGAAUUCAUUAAGAGGUAUAAUUUCAUCAUGAUUUGACAAGGGUGGUAAAUAUGAUAGAACUUAGAAUGCUCGAAAUAUUUUGAUAAAACAAAAUCGAAAUGAGUUAUAUCGGAAAUUCCUGUUCCAGAAAUAAAUUUUCCACUAAUGAUAUUUAUACUAUACAAUACAGGGUGUUAAAAAGUUACGCAAAAUUAGGGUAAAACUUUUUUGUCAUGACAUAUUUUUUAGGAUGGCCAUUUUACAGCCAUGACAAUAGUUUUUCAAAUUUUGAAAUCAAACUUUUAAUUAUAUAAAUUUAUCAUGAAACUCAGGUAAUUGAAACUUAGAUUAAUAUUAGAAAUUGGCUAUUGAAAAAAAAUUAAGCUAAAAAGAAUAGAUUUUAUUACUUUAUUGAAGUAUUAGAAAAUUAUAUAGUGAAAUUAUGAUUAAAUGGUUAGGAGCUGAAACUCAUAAAAUUUUUGAUACUUCGGCUCAUGCUUCAUAUAUUAUGGUAAGCUCCAGGCCCCUCAACAAGAAUUCAGGCCUCAGUUCCGUCUUCCCGGUCUUGGUUAGAAACACUUUUGUUGUCACUAUCUCCAUAUUAAUCUGUGGUAUUUUACAGUAUUUCUUAUUUCUAUUCAUUGAUAAAACAUGAUAUUUAGAUAAUCCUAGUAAAUGCUUUCAUUAAUUGUUGAAAAAAUCACUUCAGAGUUUGUUGUAUAUUUUACAUUUUGCUUGUGUUUUUGUUUGCAGUCCUAUGUUUAUAAAAAUCAUAAUAAAAGACGCUGAAUAAUUUGUUUUCAUUUUUUGUUUAGAAAAUUAACACUGAUUUUAUAUUGAAUUUAAUAAUAAAAGAGGAUAUGAUAAGUUAAAUUAUCUGGAUCAUAAAAAGGAGGAUGCGUUCCUCUGAAGAUGGAUCGGAUCCAGGGAAGUUGACAUAUUUUGGUCCUCCAAAAGAUGAAAACCAACAGAAUUCUUCAAACGUUCUAUCAUUUGUUUUCAAUUUCUUCAGUUUGAAAAAAGAUCAAAAAUCUCUGAAAGAAAAACCUGAAAAAAGGGAAGGAAAAACAACAGUUCGCCCAAAUGUAUUGGAUUUAGAGAAACCCAAGCAGGGUACAAAAAGAAGGAUACGAGCUGCAUCUCUUCCUCGCGAUCCUGGCAGUGAGGUAGAAUUAAGACUACGUUCUAUAUCUUCUAUGCUGAAAGAUUUUCCUAAAUUAAUGAAGGGACCACAAGGCAGUGAAAAUGGGGAUCUGGAAAAUAGUGAUACAACUGGUGAUACAUCACCUAUACCUAGUGCUGUUGAAUUGCGACAAUAUUGGAUGCCCGAUGAGCAGUGUCAUGAAUGUUACGAGUGUGGGGAGAAAUUCACAACUUUCAGACGUCGACAUCAUUGUAGAAUAUGUGGUCAAAUAUUUUGUAGUCGGUGUUGUAAUCAACUUAUAUCUGGCAAGAUCAUGGGACAUCCAGGAAUGUUGCGAUCUUGCACUUAUUGUUGCAAGCUGGUCUUGAUGUAUGCUGAAGGUAACACACCAAAGUCUGCAGUCAAUACAGUAGGACGUUCUUCCAUUACACCAGCAAAAGAUGGCCUUGCAGAGGAUUCAGCAGUUGAUUCUUCAUUAGUAACUAGCGACAGUCUCCUAUCAUUCGGAAAUAACAUUUCAAUGGGCGGAAAUCCACAAAAUAUUUUACAUUCACACAGCCACAGCAAUAAUAGUUUAAGAAGAAAUACUCAACCAUCAACUACUUUACGGUACGAUCUUCCUUCUAUCUCAGAUGAUCAAGGAUUCUCAAGGUUUGAUGCAUUUCUUCCACAUUCAAGUGCUGUAUCACCAGGAAGGGAAUUAAUAGGCAGGAAACCCCCUGUGUAUAUAUUUGAUGCAACACCGGAUAUGUCAACUUCAACAAUUCUUGAAACAGACGUUACAAAUGAUUUAGUAAAAGAUUCAAGUCAAUUGCAUUCACUUUGGAGAAAAAUUAACGAUGAAAAACAAGGCAUGGAAUUUCGAGAUCACAGAUUUAGGUUACGAAAAUAUUCUCAUUGCAUCACUGGGCAAGAGUUGGUGGAUUGGUUACUUAGAAAUGAUGUGGCUUCAACUAGAGCUCAGGGCUGUGCUAUCGGACAAGCUUUGUACGAAGGAAAAUGGCUAAAACCAGUUGUUGAUAUCGGUGGGGUUUUUCAAGAUGGGUACAGCCUGUUUCAAAGCGGCAAACGUCACAGUAUGGUAGGCGGUAGUGGAAAUCGAAUCGAAAUAUACCCAGAUCACUUCGCAAAUUUUUCGGACGAAAAAGAAUCCGAAGGACUGCAUCUGUUAUCGGAACAAGAACCAAUUUGGGUGCAAGAAAUUAAAUGUGAGGAUGAUCGAGACGAAGAUAGGAUUGAUGAUUUUCACGAAAAAACUUCGGAAUCGGAAUUGACGUGGAGUGAUGUACAACCAAAUCCUAACGGCUCAUUAUUAUAUUCUGAUGACGAUAAAAGCAUAUCUGAGAGAUCCAUUCAAUCAUUGUCCAGUUUUGUCGAAAUUGAUGAAGGCAAUGAUGUCAUAAAGUACACAAGAUCAACGAGUAACUCAAAUCUCAAUGGACAACAACGGAACAUGCAGAGUCCUCAACCAAGUUAUAAUGAUUCUUGUCCAACGAGCAUCAGUGCAGAUUACCUUAGAAAUUUUAUUACAUGGAAUGGUACAUAUCUCAGUCAGCCAUGGAUCACACCAUCAAUUGGUUGGAGAGAAAGUGAUCUUCAGUCUCAUAAAUUAAUAACACAAGAUAAACGUGCAUUUCAAUGGUUAAAAGAAAUUUAUCUUCGACACGAUCUUGCUUUUUUGAAGCAACUACUUCAUGACAAAGGACUUGAUUUAGCAUGGGCGGAAAUUCUUGUUCCUCUUGCAAAACAUGCAGCUGAAUCAAUAACUCCUAACCCUAAUGUGUGUAUGGAUGUUUGUCAUUAUGUUCAAAUAAAAAAGGUACUGGAUGGACCAAAAACUGACUCACAUGUUCUCAAUGCUGUUGUGUGUACGAAGAAUGUCGUUCAUAAACAAAUGAAAACUGAUAUAAGCGAGCCAACAAUAUUAUUACUUGCUAUACCUCUUGAAUAUCAAAGAGUACAACUGAAACUUUCUGCACUUGAUCCAAUUGUAAGACAGGAGAGAGAGUUUUACAGACACCUGAUUUCACGCAUCACUGCUCGUCAACCAAAAGUAGUCAUGGUUCAAUGCACUGUCUCUCACAUUGCUCAAGAUUUAUUACUGCAAGCUGGAAUCACUUUGGUCAUCAAUGUUAAGCCGUCGGUGAUGGAGCGUGUUGCUCGGAGCACAGAAGCUGAUAUUGUUUAUUCCAUUGAUCAACUCAUGCAAGCGAAGUUAGGUUCUUGUUCAAGAUUUUACAUCAAACACCAUGAACUUUCAGGACCCAGUUUUAACCACAGAUCUGAGGGUCAAAGUGUACAGAAUAUCAAAACAUUGAUGUAUUUUGAUGGAUGUAAUCCACAAUAUGGUUGCACUGUUUUGCUCAAAGGAAAUUGUGACGAUAUACCAACUUAUAAACAAACUGCAAUAGAGUUGAUCCAAGUUCAAGAAGUUUUUAGGUUUCUCGUUCGUGCAAUGUUCCAUGCAAGAUUGGAGUUAUCUUAUCUCAUUGACCAACAUGACUUUGGGAAACUUUUGAAGAAGCAGAGCAGCACAAUGAAGAAUAAAUCAAAGACUGAACUUGGCGAUAAUAAUAGUCAAAAACAUAUUCUGGUUGACAGAAACGUCGAAACAUCAGAUUUGCCAGAAAUGAGUUUCAAAAAUGUUUCGAUUGAAGAUUGCAGCACACCAGUGCCAAAUCUGUAUCCAACGCUUGUUACUAACGAUACAAACUCAACCGAAGGAAAAGAAAAUUUCGACACUAUAUCUCGCAAAUCAACUUGGGUGCAAAUUUCUUCUGAUAAAAAUGGAAUAGAAGAAAGCAAAUCGCAGUUGAAAAUCAAGAAUAAAAAAGUAUUUGAAGAAGCAUUGAAAUCGACGUACCUUACUGUAUCACCGCUCAUCAAACCUCAAAUUCCAUUUUUAUUUACUGAUAUAAGUUUAAGUUCCGCCAUUCAUAGUUAUCUACCUGCUGAAUUGUUCUCGUCUCAUAUGUUUGAAAACAAGUCUACAACAUUUAAAGGAGAUGGGUUUUCAACUUUCGAUAUGGAACACAGACAAGCUAUCAGAAGCAGAUCCAGUACUGUGGAAAGUUUAGUUCAAGAUAAACUAUGGUUGUCACCACCACAUCAAAAAUCCAGCACUAAUUCCUUAGAAUAUGAUGAUAUGAAUAUGUCCAUGGAUACUUUGGGAAACAGUAUUGCUUCAAGAGAUACAAUGGAUGAUGGUACUUCGACACCGACUCGGCGAGAGAGAAGUGAAUCCCAUUUAUCGUGUUAUUCUCAACAGCAUAAAUCGCACAGAAAUGAAAGAAGCAGUGAAGCAUCGUAUUCAACUGCGAGACUGCAAUCAUGGGAACAAAGAAUGAUGGAUCAGAUAUUUGGAAACCACAUUCCCAGGAAUAGCAUUCCUGAUUUUCCGUCAAAUUUUAAUCCAAAGUCGACGUCGAGAAAACCGAGGGUUUCAAGUUUUAAUAAAACGACUGCUGCUCCAUCGGUCGAAAAUGGUGUGGGACUAAACGAUUCUAAGAUUAAUGCCGUUGUUUCACCAUUACACGAAUUUGUAACUAAAUCACUCAUCAAACCGGCGUCAUCUACUGAAACUAGGGAUCUCCUGGCAAGCUUCAGGGCUCACACUGGUAUGUCAGCAAUCUCUGAACAGAAGGCGGAACGGAAAAUGAACGGAACAGAAAAUGAAAUCUCAAUCCGCGUUACAAAGGUUAAUGAAUGGGAGACUGAUGAUGAUGAACAAAUCAAGUCAUUCCCAUUUGAUUCUAUGAAAUCUUCGAAUUCUUCGUCAAAAUUAUUUCCACCUGAUUGUAUGGAUGCAAAUAAUCAUCAACGAAUUUGUGCUUUGUUUAGCAGUCACAGUCCACAGUCUCCAAAUGCUCCGUACUUCUGUGUGUCUCCUUGGGUUGUUUACAUUGAUUUUUAUCGAGGAAAUGACAUCACAUUGGGAGGAUUUCUAGAACGUUAUUGUUUUCGGCCGAGCUAUCAUUGUCCGAAUCCCGCAUGUAGAAGACCAAUGGUUGAACAUAUUAGAAGUUUUGUGCAUGGGAACAUGUGUAUGUCUGUUGUGUUGAAAGAAUUAUCAAAACCGUUUCAGCAAUCAAGUAUUCUCACUUGGAAUUGGAAUCACAUAACAAAGAAAUCAUCAGAAAUCAAACCAAUGUCUCAUGAUGCGUGGUCUAUGUCGUUUGCCAAAUAUUUAGAACUCAACUUAGAAAAAUUAACAAUUCCUGAUAAUUUGUCGUCAAAUAAUCAACAUAAAAGUUCCAGUAAAACAGAAUUGUACGGAGAUGAUUGGGAAUUAAAGCCAUUUACUAGUUUCCAAUAUUUCAUGUUCAGAGAUAUUGUCGCGGCAUUCAAGUGUUAUCCUGUCAAUAUAAAUGAAGUCGUUUUUCCACCUUCAAUGCUGAAUAAAUCGUUACAUCAGAUUCGUCAAAUUUCAAAUGAAUAUGACGAUGACUUAAAAACAUCUUUGGAUUUUCAUUCAGCAAUUGAAAUACUUGUUGAGAAAAUAAAUGAAGUUUUGGAAACUGCUCAAAAUUGUAUCGAAACAUCCAUAAAAAGAACUGUCAGUACGAGUGAAAUUCCAACAGAAGAAUCCAUUGCUACGAGGGAUGAAUUUUAUAAAAUUUUAUUCGAUUCUUUGAUUGACGACAAAAUUCAUUUGAUGGAAGAAAUUACUCUGUCUAAACUUUUGCUGCAAAGAUCAGAUCAAAGUUCAUCUUCAACAAACAAGGAAGACAAUAUGUAUUCUGAUAUUGGGAUGGAUUGCUGGGGUGAAAAGGAGUCACACGAGAAAUCAUUGCCAGAUGAUCUCAUCAAUGAAUUAUCAACUCGAAUUCUUCAUCUGAAAUGUGAAAUUUGUGAUUUGGUGCAAACAUGGAAUUUAAAGUUAGCUGAUGCUUAUGAAAAAGAUCGAUCUUCAUUUUGGACUUUGAAUAAAAAGCAGAAGUCCAGUGGUGGAUCUCCAUUACCACAAAGGAAAAAUCACAUCAAUCCUUCUGAGAAGAUUAUGGAAGAAGAUGAGACUCAACACGAAGGACCAGGCAACAAUGGUGCACCAUCGAUAAUAGUCGAAAAUGUAAGUUUAUUUUCUUUUUCUUUUAAAAUACAAAACAACUAUGUUCAUCUACUAUGUUUCUUUAUGCUUGAUUUAAUGUAUCUUUAUGCCUCAUAUUUAAACUAUUUGUUCAUUUUUAAGGAACAAUCAAAGACGUCAAACUCAGGAAAUAGCUCAGCUGGAAAUUCUGCAGACUCCAUCACAGCACUCCUUCCUGAUGUGGAAGUGAAAGACAAAGCAAAUAACAAAUCUUCGAAACGUUUGGCAGUGACAGAACACAAAUCUGAGAAAUCUACUUCCUAUAAAAGAUUAAGCAGAACAGGUUCAAGUGUGAGAUUUCUUGUCACCCGAUUACUGCCUGGAAAUAACUUAAUUCCAUCCAUUCAAAUGCCAUUUCCUGCCGAUGAACAUUUUCUACUGCCUGAAUGUCUAUCUGCUAAUGUUGUGGUUAGAGAUGCUGAACCUGCUUCAAUCAUAGCUUAUACAUUGAGUUCCAAAUCGUAUAAAGAAUUAACUAUGCAGAAUACUGAUGUGACCAUGGAAGGGAAUUUUCAGGAAACUGAUCCCGUUUUUGAAAUUGGAAGUACAGAGAUUCCCAAAGAAUCAAUUUCGUCUAACCAGGCAAGUCCACAAUCAUCCGUUUCAUUAUCUGAUGCAAUAUCAUCAAAUAAUAUGCAACAACAACAAUCUGCGGAAAAUUCUGCUGAAUUUGAAUUCAGAGAUUCAACAGAUCCAUCUGUGAUUUCAAUGUCAAGUUCAUUAUCUAACGGUGGAAUAUCAUCAAACUCACCUCAUGUUGAAAUUCAAUUUUCUGAUUCUACAACAAAAUUUUAUUGCAAAGUUUAUUUUGCAUCAUUGUUUGAAAAAUUUCGAUCAAAGGUAUUAGAAGGUGGUGAAGAACAGUAUUUGACGUCGAUGUCUCGUAGUAUGAGAUGGUUGGCAAGAGGUGGAAAAUCAGGAUCAACUUUUCAUAAAACUAAGGAUGAUCAGUUUAUUAUAAAACAAAUGUCCUACUUUGAAUUACAAUCUUUUCUCGAGUUUGCACCGAAGUAUGUGGAAUACAUCACUAACUGCAUUGAUAAUCAGGAAGCAACGACAAUUUCUAAAAUCCUAGGUGUGUAUAGAAUUUCAUUCAGAAAUGCAGAGACAAAUCGAAGCUUGAAACAAGAUGUUCUUGUAAUCGAAAAUUUAUUUUAUCGGAAGAAAAUUCAACAGAUUUUUGAUUUGAAAGGAUCUGUUCGAAAUCGUCAUGUAAAACCUGAUACUUCAGGAGCGAAUGUUGAAAACGGAUGUCAAGCUGAUCACAAUGAUAUAGUACUGUUAGAUGAAAACUUAUUAAAACUUAUGUGUGAUAAUCCACUAUAUGUUCAUGAACAUACUAAACAUCUUUUAUCAAGUGCUAUAUCAAGAGAUACAAAUUUUCUGUCUAAGAAUCUUAUCAUGGAUUAUUCUCUUCUGGUUGGAAUGGACGAUAAUGAAAAAAUAUUUGUUGGGAUCAUUGAUUUUAUUCGAACAUUUACAUGGGAUAAGAAGUUGGAAAUGGUUGUCAAAUCAUAUGGUAUGUUUGGUGGAAGAAAACAAAGUAAUAGAUCCAUGCCUACUGUUGUGUCACCUGAACUUUACAAAAAACGUUUUUGUGAAGCCAUGGACAGAUAUUUUCAAGUUGUACCUGAUAGGUGGUAUGAAAUGCAUGCUUUUAAAUGAAACCCCGCAUACAGCAAGCUUGUUAUUAUCAUAUUCUAUUAUUAGGGGGUUUGUAUAGGUCGAUAUAAUUAAGGUAAAACACGGAAUAUGCAGUGCCAUAUUCUUCACUGUAUCCAAGUCAAUCAAGUGUUAUUUGAAUAUGACAGGUGAAUAUAAACAAUGCUAUAGUAUUAGCAAUAAAUUUGGCUGUCUUUACACACAAUAUUUUCUGUGAGAUAAUUUUUGUGUUUUUUAUGAUUCAUUAGAUAUGUUAUACGUGACCAAACAAAAUUCCCUUGUUCAUUCGAGCCCAUGGUUUUUCUAUGUAUUUAAUCAGUUGCUAAUCUAUGUUUAAUCAGUCAUUAAUGUUUGAUUACGUCAUUAUUAUUAUAUCAUACUUCUACUUAUUUUGUGAUAAAUUAACUGUAACCUUGAAUAAAUUU